AUGCCCGUCACUCUCUCGUCCGUCCAGACCGACGUCGACGCCAACGCCAAAGCGGGCGCGGGCCUCGAUGCGUAUUCCCCGAACUCGCACUCUCCAUCCAUUCCCCCCGACACUCCGGUCCGGGUUCUACGCUCCAGAACGAUCAUUACCGGCAGCGCGGCUCAGACGCCCGUUGAAGCACACACGCCCACAUUUCCCGUCUCCGCACGGAUGACGCUGGUGGUCAACGUAUCGGACGAUGAAGCCGACGCGUCACAUCCUGUUCCUGCUCCUGCCUCUGACCAUCGCGCGACACUGGACUCCAAGUCUGAGAAGGACGCUGCGUCCAUUACGUCCGACUCUGACUCCCACGAUAGAGGAGAAGAUGGAGAGAUUCUUCAAUUCUAUUCUGUUCCCAGCCAUACUAGCCUGGAUCGACACGAACACACGUCUGCAGGUGCGAGUCGAUGUCGGACUCUCUCGCUUUCGCCUUCGCCUUCGCCUUCUCAUUCCCCUUCCCCCUCUGUCUCCCCUUCGGCCUUCGCAUCCCCAGCUGCCUCCCAUGAUCGUUCGACAUCAUCCCCUCCGAAACGCCAAGCCGUCAGACGUACCUCCCACUUCGCUACCGCGGCCGCCCCCUUGAUCGCCAUGGGUUUCACUUCCACCUCCGGCACCUUCACCUCACACCCUCACGCGAAAUAUCAAGUCCCCACUCCCCAUCUCCACCUUCGCUCCCCGCCUCUUCUCCCUCACGCAUUCGACGCGCUGCGCCCUUCUUACCCCCACGCAUCCUCCGCGUCGUCUGCACCCCGCUCGGUGGAUAUCGUCUUGGACGAUGCGGGGCGGGGUUCCAUGCAGUACUACAGUCCGGCCAAGCCGCAUUACCGGGAAGAAGGGGCAGGGGCGGGAGCGGGAGGGGAUGUGCCUGUGGGGACGGGAAGUGGUGUUGGAAACGAUGCUGGUGCUGGUGCUGGUCUGAUGAACCGAUUUGACGAUCGCAAUGACGAGCGGGCAGCAGGGUGUAGCCUACCAGGGCCAGAGGUCAGUUGGCGUGGACAGGACGGGAUUGGGUAUGAUGCACUGUAUAACGCGGACGGUGGGGAUCGAAAUAUGAGGCUGAGCGUGAGCCGACGCCGGCGGAAGAGGCAGGAGGUGACAGGAGGUGAGGAAGGGGAAGAAGGGGACGAAGGUAAAGAGAGGCGGGAUCGGAAGGCCAUCAAGUCUCGAUAUUGGAGCUCACCCAUUUCGCCACCCAGCGUUAUUUCUCGUCGACACCAAUACCGACUCGGAGCGGGGGACGCGUACGAGAUAUUUGGUCCUGGAGAGAGAGGCAGUCGCCAUUUCGACUUGGACGGCGAUGGGCCACUGGUCAGUGCGACAGGCAGUAUUCGGCGGUACUCGGAUUCGUACACUCGGCAAAUCGAUCGGCGGGGCCAGUUACCACACGACGAGCUCGAGCUCGAGUACGACAGGUACGCCAAGAACAACGACGUGGAUGUCGACGUCAAGGACGACCCUCAUUGGUCCUACGUAUACCCAUAUCAACAAGGCCAGCGAGCAAAGGACGAGGCGUCCGACCUGAACCGGUGCGACGAACGGGAAUACGAGCGAGCUCGAGGGACUCACAGACGAAGCUUUCAGCGGCGGGGGUACGACGAGACGGAUGGGCGGUCUGACAGCUCUGUUUACUCUAUCGGGGGAGAGGGCGAUCAUCACGACAACGACAAAGCGGACGGCAGGGAUCUGAUGAGACAAGUGCAGAGAUCGACUCGGUACGGCGCCGGCGGGUAUCAGUACCAUUCGGACCACGAUCGCGCGGUUGAAGAUCAGCGACGUCGACAUGGGCACGCGGAGGAGUACAGCUUCCGCCCGUCCCCUCUUGUCCGCCGUCCUGAUCCAGAUCUUCGCCCCUCUGGUCCUUGGGAUCCGUGCACACAUCCUCAAGCUCCGCCUCACAUCCCCCGGUCCCACAUUGGCGACCGCGAAGGCUAUGAUAAACCCGGUUACUCUUUCCCUAGGAUUAAUGACCGUACCCCGCGCUAUCACUCCCCAAUCGAUGACGAUCUCCACGUGCACGGGACCUCCAUUGUCGACCACACUGAGCGCAUGGGAGAUCAAGCGGCGCAGACGGGGAUCGGAUCGGGGGCGUACAGCCUCAUGGAAGCGGGAGCGCGAGGGCUGCUCAAUCCCCGAUCGAGAGUUGAGGGCGUGAUGAACUCUGAGCGGUCGCGGAAGACGGUCAUGGAGCGAUUGAGUACGAAGAGGGGGUUCUCGAGUGGGAUGCGGCGGGAUGAGGGGUCUGACCACAGCGCCGCAAUCGGGGCCGAAGCAGGUGACUGGGCAACGGAUCUCGGAGACCGUCCUGGUCAUGGGACAAUCGCCGGUCAGCGGCUCGGUCCCCACAGAGGAAGUCAGCGGUCGACGUCGAUGAGGCUAGGCCAGCAGGAUCCAUACCUCUACUCAAGGGAUAGAUCGGUACCUGCCGGAUAUCCAUCCAGCUAUCUCCCGCGCCACCGCAUUCCCUACCAUCGCAGCACGCAAGACUCACCUGGACCUGCACUCGGACCUGGACCUGGACCUGGACCUGGACCUGGACCUGGACCUGGACCUGGACCUGGACCUGGACCUGUAGGACCACCCAUACCAGUUCCCCUUCCCCCACGUAUCAAGGGAUCUCGCAAACGAGUGGACGAGUCCCAGCGCGUUAUUCUCAGUCAAGCAUUCGAGCGGUCCGCGUACCCUCCGACGGCGGAACGGGAGGCGCUGGGUCGGGAGUUGGGGAUGACGUCCAGGAGUGUUCAGAUUUGGUUCCAAAACCGUCGUCGGGCCAUCAAGGUGCAACAACAAUCUCAGGCGCAAAAGAUGGAGAGGGGCGGAAGCACCAUGGUUAGUAUCAGUCCGGGGAUUGGCGCGGAUGUCGAUGAUGAUCUGGAGGGGAGUGUGAAGCUUGAAGAUUGA